GUCAAUCAAGACUUGCUCAAUCCGCAAGCUCCGCCCCUUCUGAGAGUGUCCUCGGCUCGCUGCGGCACAACGACUGUCAACUCACCGCAACUUUGCUCAGUCACUGGAUUUUACUUCACUUCUGGAGUAUAACGACUUACUUUCCUGGGGUGUAACGUUAUUAGAUCGGCCUCUGAUGAGAUGGAGGUUUAGGACGGCUGAUUGUCACAGUACAGAGUAAUAUUUGGGUAAUAUUUCGUGUUUGAUGGCUGCUGGGGAUGGAGCGCAGCUGCCGGCGACCGUAGCGGCCAGCAGGAGCGUGGAGAAGGCGCUGGAAGAGGCUGCGUCCUGCGGAGCGCUCAUCCUCUCCAACCGUAAACUCAAAGAGUUCCCCCGCACCGCCAAGAACUACGACCUGUCCGACAUUACACACGCAGACCUGUCAAAGAACCGGCUCUGUGAGGUGCCAGAGGAGGUGUGUCAGUUUGUCUCGUUGGAGACGCUCAGCCUGUACCACAACUGUGUGCGAUCCCUCACGCCCAACCUGUGCCAGCUGCAAGCCCUCACCUACCUCAACCUCAGUCGUAACCAGCUGUCCAGUCUCCCGCCGUCAGUAUGUCAGCUCCCUCUCCUGCGGGUGCUCAUCGUCAGCAACAACAAGUUAUCAGUCAUACCGGCCUCCAUACACACACUCAUACACCUGCGACAACUGGAUGUGAGCUGUAAUGAGCUGCAGUCACUUCCUGUUGAGCUCGGCCAGUUAGAAUGUUUAAGGGAUUUAAAUCUGAGAAGAAAUCAGCUCACAAUUUUACCAGAAGAGCUGUCAGAGAUGCAGCUUGUCCGUCUGGAUGUGUCGUGCAACCGCAUUUCACACGUUCCUGUGUGCUACCGUCAUCUCCGGCACCUCCAAAGCAUCAUUCUUGACAACAACCCCCUCCAAAUGCCCCCCGCCCAGAUCUGCUCCAAAGGAAAGUUCCACAUCUUUAAAUAUCUGAACAUGGAGGCCUGCAAAAGGACUCAGGACCAGUUUGAGAAAGCUCUGCGGCCCACUGCCUUCAACAGCUGUCUGGAUCAGGACCUGUUCCCCGGUCAGUAUGGUGGCCUGGAUUCUGGCUUCAACAGUGUGGACAGCGGAAGCAAAAGAUGGUCAGGAAAUGAGUCUGCUGAUGAUUUCUCUGAACGGUCGCUGCGAUUGACGGACAUUUCCCGGGAACACACACAUUUUCAGGAGGAAGAGGAGAGAAAUGUAUUGCUAGAUACACCCAAAGUGAAUGGAGACCUGGAGCAAGUGGACUUUAUAGACAACAGUGUAACGGAGGAAGAAGAGGAGAGGUGUCACCCACAGGAAAAGAAUGAAAGUACCAGCAGCACACACUCCCAGAGCCCCGAAUCUACCUGCAGCAAGAUAUUUGUGAUUGGGGAUGGUUCAGACGGCUCUCCACCCAGUCCCACAUUAGAAGAGAGAAGGAGACCUGGAACCCUGCUCAUCUGGCAGGAGAGGGAGAGAGCCCAGCAGCAGAAAGCCCAAGCUAGCACUUUGCAGAAGAUGACGGUUAAAACAGGAAGUAACUUGGCGACGACGACAAAGCACGGAGGAACAGGAAGUGUUUCGGGUGGUGAUUCUGAUAGCAACUCUCCACCCAACGGCCUGAAGCAGAGAUGUGCAAGUGUAGAUCAGGUUUCUCCAACCUCUCAAUCGGGGUCUUUACAACGCUCCAUCAGUCGCACAGAUGCCUCCUCUGCGAAGCCCUGUUCUCCUCCAGGUUCUGCUCCCAAACCCAACAGCUUCUUAUUCCGCACAUCCUCACGCUGCAACGUCAAGACGGGAUCAGGAAACAGUUUGGCGGAGUCUGGCCGCAGUGACUCCCGCUCCACACUCAGAUCCCCUCGAGAGGAGAGAACAGACGUCCUGCAGCUGCGCAAAACUCUGGAGGCCCGUCUGAAGAUCUCUCUGCCUGAGGACCUGGGAGAGGCGUUGUCCAAUGGCACAGUUCUCUGCCAGCUGGCCAAUCACGUGCGACCUCGUUCUGUGUCAAUCAUCCACAUCCCCUCACCGGCCGUGCCAAAGCUGAGUGCUGCCAAGUGCCGCCUCAAUGUCGAAAACUUCAUUGCUGCAUGUCGUAGACUGGGAGUCCCUGAGAUGGAGUUGUGUUUAGCGUCUGAUAUUCUGUGCAGUAAGCUAUCUGCAGUGCACCGCUGUGUGACGGCGCUCCUGGCAAAAGCAGGAGGAGAGGAGGAGGUGAACGAGGACGACGGCGGCACCUCUCCCUCUGUCUCUCCGUCCUCCCCUUUUUCCACCGGCUUCCUGCUCUUCUACUCUCUCCUCAUGGCUUUGCUCUAUCUGUUCUACUGCCACCUUCUAGCAUAGUGCGAGCGAGUGUCAGUGUGUAAAUGUAAUGGAUUUUGUAAUGGAAGUCCAUCAUCUCUGUACUGUGUACACUGUCACACACACCAUUGAUGCCAUCUGACAUAUAUAUAAAUAAAUAUAUCAGAGCAAAUUCCUUACCCAUAAUGCCUUUGAGCUUACACAUUAAAGCUCCCUACAGAUAUCCUUUUAAGGUUAGUUUUAGGACUUCAGAUCUACAAAAGUGAAAUAUAUUGCAAAUUAUCAGAUGUCUUGAUCAAAUAUCCACAUUUUUCCACACCACAAUGCUCAGAAACAGCAGUAUGUGGAAUUUAUCUGUAAAUAAACAUGGUUUCCACUCAUGAAGGGCUUUUCCACCUGAUUGCCUUAGCAUCGCUGGUGAUACCAGGAUAGUUUAUACACCUUCUAGUGGUCUUUGCAAAGGAUCUUGUUAUCGUAAGAGUUUUAAAGCACUGGCACAAAUUGUAUUUGGUUCUGGUUGAAGUGCCUCAGAAGCUCGCAGGUUCCUUCUGUUCACGCAGCAGUGUGAAUGAGUUUGUAGCAGCUGGUAAACAGUCUGUUUAACAGGGGCUAACAGUGUGGCGAUGGUACUUCUCAGCUGAGUUUGGUUUAAUUCACACGUUGUGGAAAUCUGUUAGGGUCAGGGCCGAGUGGACUGUUCACUUUCCUUGUUUUACUGACUGUGACCAUCAGAGGGCAGUCCUGUUACUAAACUGUUCCUUCCUUAAACACUUUUUGACGGUACUAAUAAGAUUCAAAGCUGUGUUAACUUGUUACUUUUUGUUUUGUCGUUUGUUUGUUUCGAAUGUUCGUUUUGGUUUUCUUGAGAGCAUCUUUAAUAUAAUUCUUAUACGCAAGCAGUUGAAGAUGAAGUUAUUGUUUCAGCUGAUUUAUGUUCUGCAGAAGCUGCCCGGUCUCACUGAGCACAUUACGGAAAUAUGACUAAUUAAAUAUAACACAUUAAUGGAGUAAUAUAAUUUAGGUUCAGGUGGGGGAAAAAAAAACUGUGGACAUUUAUUUAUUUUUCAAAUUUGCAUGGUGCACGAUAUGGCUAUGCAGACAUCUCCAAAUGACAAAUUACACAAUUUUUUUAAACUAAAGAUGAAAUGGCUGUGAGUCUUACUUCUCCACAGCCUUCUUCGUCUGCCGUUCCCUUGUUUCUAAAUGCGGCCCUAGAGGUUUUGUAGUCCUGUAAUGUGCCAUGAGCACCCAUCUUCCCCGGUGCUGUAUGCUGAUGUUGCUUUUGUAUUCCGUGCCUACUUAAUGUGAUUUAGGAGCUUUGCCGACAGUUUACUAACGAGCAGCUUCUCAUCUGGAGAGAACGAUAAGAGGAGAGAGAGAGAGAGACUGGGAAAUAAGGCUAGGGUAAGGGAUAUGCUAUAACUAGUUACCAACGCAACAUCCCUCACCCUACGUCUUGAGUUUAAGUUUUAUAAAACUGUACAUUGUUGUCAAUGCUAAAGCUAAUCGUUAUAGACAUUUUCAUUUACAAUGUCCACUCUGAUAAUAAACUCAGACUUCACAUUUAGCAUAGAUAGACUUCCUCACAGUUGCUCGAGAGGCUUCAGCCAUAUGAAAAAAUGAAAAUAGUGAUAUGUGUGUUACAUGUGGAAGGAUUUUACAGAGGAUAUGACAUACGCUAGACUCAGUUUAGAAGGCUUUAGAUCUACAUGAAUGAUUCCGUCGUGGAAACUGUUGCAACACAUGAAAUGUAUUUUGUAAUAUUUAUAAAACACUGUGUAUUUAAGAAGUUUAUAUUGAUAUAAAGAUUUGUUUUUGUCUGUAAAGAAAUUAUUAAAAAACUGAAACACGGA